UUGUGGAACGCCGUGUAUCAGCUGCUGGUGGAACUGUAGACGUGUACAUACAGAGUGGUUUGUAUUUGAUAAGUUUGGCUUUCCAGUCAAAUCUAAGUGUGUUGAACUGAACGUUAUUCAGCGUGCAGGAGCGAUGGCCACCGUCGAAGAGCUGAAGCUACGAAUCCGUGAAUUAGAAAACGAGCUAAUAAAGUGUAAACAGCAGCGAAGCCAAGAGAAUCUUCCAAACCCAGUGCUUCGAGCAAAGAUUGAGAAGAUGAGCGCUGAAGUGGUGGAUUCAAACCCAUAUAGCCGGCUCAUGGCGUUGAAACGCAUGGGAAUAGUUGAAGACUACGAGAAAAUCCGCUCGUUUGCUGUGGCCGUGGUGGGAGUGGGAGGGGUGGGCAGUGUCACUGCUGAGAUGCUCACCAGAUGUGGCAUUGGUAAGUUGUUGUUGUUUGAUUAUGACAAAGUGGAGCUGGCCAAUAUGAACCGCCUCUUCUUCCAGCCGCAUCAAGCAGGGCUCAGCAAAGUGGAGGCGGCAGAGCACACACUGAGGAAUAUCAAUCCAGAUGUUAUAUUUGAGACGCACAAUUACAACAUCACUACUAUGGACAACUUUACACAUUUCAUGGACCGCAUCAGUAAUGGCGGCCUUCAAGAAGGAAAGCGUGUGGAUUUGGUGUUGAGUUGUGUGGAUAAUUUUGAGGCUCGAAUGGCCAUUAACACGGCUUGUAACGAGUUGGGUCAGACAUGGAUGGAGUCUGGAGUGAGUGAGAAUGCCGUGUCUGGACACAUACAGCUCAUCAUUCCAGGGGAAACAGCAUGUUUUGCUUGUGCCCCUCCACUGGUAGUGGCAGCGAACAUCGAUGAGAAGACUCUAAAGAAGGAUGGGGUGUGUGCCGCCAGUCUACCCACCACCAUGGGCGUUGUUGCUGGGAUCCUGGUGCAGAAUGUCUUAAAGUAUCUGCUCAGGUUUGGAACCGUGAGCUUUUACCUGGGCUAUAACGCCAUGCAGGACUUUUUCCCUACGAUGUCCAUGAAAGCCAACCCUCAGUGUGAUGACAGACACUGCAGGAGGCAACAGGAGGAGUACAUAAAAAAAGAAGCUGAGCAUCCCAAACAGGAAGUAGUGGAGGAGGAAGAGGAAGUAGUGCACGAAGAAAAUGAGUGGGGUAUAGAGCUGGUGUCUGAGAUCACAGCGGCGGAGCUUCAGGAUGCAUCAGGUCCAAAGCCAGAUUUACCACAGGGCAUAACUGUAGCCUACACCAUCCCCAAUAAGGAUGUAAAGUCAGGAGAGACCGUGGAAGAGACGGACCAGAGUCUAGAGGAGUUGAUGGCUCAAAUGAAGAAGCUGUAGAGGCAGAUGGUCUCCUGAUUUUUCAUACAGACACAAGUUCCUCUCACUGUGUUCUGAGGCGCUACAAUACAUGAAAUCAAUAUACACAAUUGUCAGGUUAAAAAAAAAACUCUUUACUUACAAAGACAUUACAGCUGCAGCUAAUGGAACAUACUGACCAAGAUUUCUCCAUUCAUCUACAUUUUCCAAUGCCUGUCUAAAAAUAUAAAUGGGGAUGCUAAUAUGUAAACACUGUACAUGAAAACUGUGUAUUAAGGAGAUAUUUCAUAAUUGUUUGCCCUCGUCAGUCGUAUUGCUCAACGGUUACUGUGGUCAACUCAAUUGAAAACAAAAUAUCACAGAUGACUGUGAGGAUUAGUUGUUUUUUCCCCCAUCACUGUUAAGUCUUUCUAACUGAACAUUUUCAUUUCAAUUGCUCAAAGAUAUUUGAGCUCCUAGAUGUCCUUGUUCAAUAAAGUAUUUAUUGACAUUCAAGGUAA